CGGUACCCUUUUCCUAAUUGCCAUGUUCCACCGCAUUCCACAGCACAGCUCGAACUUUCUUCCUCGUUGUGUUGUGUUGUGUUGUGUUGUGUUUCUGUUUCGUGUGUUGUGAUUGUGACUCUCUUCUCUUUCUUUUCCACGCGAUUCAUUCCUUCAAUUUUCAAUUCCAUUCAAACCCUCCCACAUUCUAUUCCCCUUCACAAUUGUUAUGCUCCAUCGUCUUCUCUCACCGACCACUUAGGGUUUCUCUCCGACCUCACUUCUUGCCGGGAUUUUGGGGGCAGACUUAAUCUCCGGCACUUAUGGCCUCCAACUUGCAGAUGACUCCUCAGGUCGAGCAGAUCCACGGCGAAAUUCGCGACAACUUUCGAGCCCUCGCAAAUGGCUUCCAGAAGCUGGAUAAGAUUAAAGAUGCCAAAAGACAAGGUAAUCAGUUGGAAGAACUCACGGAUAAGAUGAGGGAGUGCAAAAGGUUGAUAAAGGAGUUUGAUCGUGAAAUUAAAGAUGAAGAGGGAAGAAAUGCCCCAGAAGUGAACAAGCAACUCAAUGAUGAAAAGCAAUCAAUGAUCAAGGAGCUAAACUCAUAUGUGGCACUGAGAAAAACGUACAUGAAUACCAUUGGAAAUAAAAAACUUGAACUCUUUGACAAUGGAGCCGGAGCAAGUGAACCUACAGCUGAAGAAAAUGUUCGACUGGCAUCAGAAAUGUCAAAUCAAGAACUUAUCAAUGCUGGGACGAAGACAAUGGAUGAAACUGAUCAGGCUAUUGAGAGAUCUAAGCAGGUUGUACAUCAAACAAUUGAAGUUGGCACCCAAACUGCUACUACCUUGAAAGGCCAAACUGAACAAAUGGGCCGUAUUGUUAAUGAGCUUGAUUCAAUUCAGUUCUCAAUUAAGAAGGCCUCCCAACUUGUUAAGGAGAUUGGUAGACAGGUUGCUUCAUUUUCAUUGCUUCCAUGCACUCUAUUUAUUUUCCGUCAAAUCGGUGUCUUGGAACUAAAUUGUCUUUCCUUGUUAUCAGGUAGCUACAGACAAGUGCAUCAUGCUUUUCCUGUUCCUUAUCGUCUGUGGUGUAAUUGCCAUUAUUGUCGUGAAGAUUGUGAAUCCCCACAACAAAGAUAUUAGGGAUAUCCCCGGAUUGGCACCUCCAGUUCCCACCAGGAGGCUCUUGUAUGCAAGGAGUGGAGAUCAUUUUGAUUAAUUCUUAUAUUUGAACAAGAGUGAACUUCCCUAGUCCUACCAACUUGAUUCUUGUUCUCGUUAAUGGAAAGUUAGAGGAUUGCUGUCUGGUGGCAUUAUUUUGGUCUCUUCAAUUAAUUAAAUUAAACAUAUAAACACUUGCAUACCCUGUUUGUGAUUUUAUGUUAAAUCACACGAGAGCCUUCUGCUUUUCUUGAGUGCCAUGUUUCUUUAUGUAACAUUCCAAAAGUGUAGGACUAGAGAGAAAGUAAUACUGUGAAAUUCGUUCUGUAUAUGUCUAAUUCAAAGGAGAUUUCUCCGUCUUCGUUAUUUUUUUUAUCCUGUAAUAUGCUUGCAUUCGAAACUGUUUGGUGGAUUUGUUUUGUAAAUUACAUUCAGAGUUGGGCUUGCAGUUGUUCAUAUUAAGUCCCUUUACUUGAUU